GCCGGUCGCCUGUCUCCGCGCUGGGCAUGUCUCGGGAGCCGGAGCGGCCCGGGCCGCGGGCGCUCUGCGGCGCAUGGACGGCGGCGGCGCCCGGCGAGCAGGGGGAGGAGAAGGCGCAGGCGGCGGAGGAGGCGGCGACCUGCGGCGGGGAGCACCGGCGGCGCGAGAGGACGGCCGGCCGCCGGCGAGGCUCCGGCCCCACUACUUUUCCGUAGCCUCCCUGCCUCAGCAGCACGGCCGCCGCCGCCGCCGCCGCCACGGCCACCGCCACGGCCACGGCCGCCGGGCAGCCGCCGAGCGCCGCGCACGCCCGCACUCACUCCCGCCACCCCACGCACACGCACACCCCCCGCCCUCCCCACGCCCCCACCCGGGAGGGGGGAGAGAGGCAAAAAGUAAGAGAGGAAAAAAAAUAGCAGGAAGAUGGCGCCCACCAAGCCCAGCUUUCAGCAGGAUCCUUCCAGGCGAGAACGAAUAACUGCCCAGCAUCCUCUGCCCAACCAAUCAGAAUGUAGGAAAAUCUACAGAUAUGACGGAAUCUACUGUGAAUCUACCUACCAGAAUUUACAAGCAUUGAGAAAGGAGAAGUCCCGAGAUGCUGCACGCUCCCGCAGGGGAAAAGAAAAUUUUGAGUUCUAUGAAUUGGCCAAGUUGUUGCCUCUUCCUGCAGCCAUCACCAGCCAGCUUGACAAGGCAUCCAUCAUUCGACUUACAAUUAGCUAUCUGAAAAUGAGGGACUUUGCUAACCAGGGGGACCCUCCGUGGAACUUGCGAAUGGAAGGCCCUCCACCUAACACAUCAGUAAAAGUUAUAGGUGCACAACGAAGGAGAAGCCCCAGUGCACUAGCCAUUGAAGUAUUUGAAGCACAUUUGGGAAGUCACAUUUUGCAGUCCCUGGAUGGCUUUGUAUUUGCACUAAAUCAAGAAGGAAAAUUUUUGUACAUUUCUGAAACAGUCUCCAUCUACCUAGGCCUCUCACAAGUGGAGCUGACAGGCAGCAGCGUCUUUGACUACGUCCACCCGGGAGACCACGUGGAGAUGGCAGAACAGCUGGGCAUGAAGCUCCCGCCUGGGCGGGGUCUCCUCUCACAGGGCACCGCUGAGGAUGGAGCCAGCUCAGCAUCUUCGUCCUCUCAGUCGGAGACCCCUGAGCCAGUGGAGUCAACCAGCCCCAGUCUGCUAACCACUGACAACACCCUUGAGCGUUCCUUUUUCAUCCGAAUGAAAUCUACUCUGACCAAACGCGGUGUGCACAUCAAAUCAUCGGGAUAUAAGGUGAUUCACAUAACAGGCCGGCUACGCCUGAGAGUAUCGCUGUCCCACGGGAGGACUGUCCCCAGCCAAAUCAUGGGUCUCGUGGUUGUGGCUCACGCCUUGCCUCCUCCGACGAUCAAUGAAGUCAGAAUUGACUGCCAUAUGUUCGUCACUCGAGUAAAUAUGGACCUCAAUAUCAUUUACUGUGAAAAUAGGAUUAGUGAUUAUAUGGAUCUGACCCCUGUAGACAUUGUAGGAAAGAGAUGCUACCACUUCAUCCACGCCGAAGACGUCGAGGGCAUCAGGCACAGUCACUUAGACUUGCUGAAUAAGGGUCAGUGUGUGACAAAGUACUAUCGCUGGAUGCAGAAGAAUGGAGGAUAUAUUUGGAUACAGUCUAGUGCCACCAUAGCUAUUAAUGCCAAGAAUGCAAAUGAAAAGAAUAUCAUCUGGGUGAAUUAUCUUCUUAGCAAUCCCGAGUACAAGGACACCCCAAUGGACAUCUCACAGCUCCCCCACAUGCCAGAGAAAACCUCCGAAUCCUCAGAGACAUCCGACUCGGAAUCAGACUCUAAAGACACCUCAGGUAUUACAGAGGACAACGAGAACUCCAAGUCUGACGAGAAGGGGAAUCAUUCCGAGAACAGCGAAGACCCGGAGCCCGACCGGAAGCAGUCGGGCAACGCGUGCGACAACGACAUGAACUGCAACGACGACGGCCACAGCUCCAGCAACCCGGACAGCCGCGACAGCGACGACAGCUUCGAGCACUCGGACUUUGAGAGCCCCAAGGCGGGCGCGGACGGCUUCGGCGCGCUGGGCGCGAUGCGCAUCAAGGUGGAGCGCUACGCGGAGAGCGAGUCGGACCUGCGGCUGCAGACCCGCGAGUCGCUCACGUCCGACAGCGCCAAGGACUCGGACAGCGCGGGCGAGGCGGGCGCGCGGGCCUCCAGCAAGCACCAGAAGCGCAAGAAGAGGCGGAAACGGCAGAAGGGCGGCAGCGCCAGCCGCCGGCGCCUGUCCAGCGCGUCGAGCCCCGGCGGCCUGGACGCCGGCCUGGUGGAGCCCCCGCGGCUGCUGUCCUCGCCCAACAGUGCCUCGGUGCUCAAGAUCAAGACGGAGAUCUCGGAACCCAUCAACUUCGACAACGACAGCAGCAUCUGGAACUACCCGCCCAACAGGGAGAUCUCCAGGAACGAGUCUCCCUACAGCAUGACCAAGCCCCCCAGCGCCGAGCACUUCCCGUCCCCGCAGGGCAGCGGGGCCGCAGGGGGGCUGCACGUGGCCAUCCCGGACUCGGUCCUCACCCCGCCCGGCGCCGACGGCGCGGCCGCCCGCAAGACUCAGUUCAGCGCCUCGGCCACCGCGGCCUUGGCCCCGGUCACCUCCGACCCGCUGUCGCCUCCGCUCUCGGCGUCCCCGCGGGACAAGCACCCCGGGAGUGGCAGCGGGGGAGGCGGCGGCGGCGGCGGCCCCAGCGCAUCCAACUCCUUGCUGUACACUGGGGACCUGGAGGCGCUGCAGAGGUUGCAGGCGGGCAACGUCGUGCUCCCGCUGGUGCAUAGGGUGACCGGGACCCUGGCGGCCACCAGCACGGCCGCGCAGAGGGUCUACACCACGGGCACCAUCCGCUACGCGCCCGCCGAGGUGACCCUGGCCAUGCAGGGCAACCUGCUGCCCAACGCGCACGCUGUUAACUUCGUGGACGUUAACAGCCCCGGCUUCGGCCUCGACCCCAAGACGCCCAUGGAGAUGCUCUACCACCACGUGCACCGGCUCAACAUGUCGGGACCGUUCGGCGGCGCCGUGAGCGCGGCCAGCCUGACGCAGAUGCCCGCCGGCAACGUGUUCACCACGGCCGAGGGCCUCUUCUCCACGCUGCCCUUCCCCGUCUACAGCAACGGCAUCCACGCGGCACAGACUCUGGAGCGCAAGGACGACUGAGGCGGCGGGGCAGGGGUCCGCUCGGAGGCAUCGUCGGCGUUUUCGUUUAGACCUUUAAUUCUAGCACUUUGAAUUCGAGCAGGUCAGCGUCUCUGCCAGGGCGAGAGUCCCCAUUCCAUCCCCUCUUUCUUUGACUUGACUUAUUCUUUCGUGUAAAGAUAUGUUUAUUUUUUACCUUCGGAGGGUCAGAUGACCAGUUGCCUGCCAUUUUGUCUUCUUCUAAGAUGUGUGUUGGGUUGUUUCGCUUUCCUUUGCAUCUUUAUUAAGAUGUCUUUAAUGUGUAUAUGCCUCUGCCAUAGAAUACUCAGUCUUGUGGUCAAGAGAUUUCUCAAGUGACAACCAUUGGGUUUUCUCCAUAAAGAUCUUGAUAUGAUCAAGAUGGAAAGAGACAAGCAUAAACAAUGUGCCCUGUUUGACUAAGUCAAAUGAAAUGGGGUGGUUUUUUUUGUUUGUUUGUUUGUUUGUUUCUGUUCCUAAUUCCUUUAAAAAUAGGGGAAUAGUAUUUUAGAAUUUUAUGCAGAAUUUAAUUAUCUUUUUAUGGUUAAGAUUUUAAGAUUUUCUUACUUGCACAUAAAAAUAAUUUGGGUUCUUAAACUUAAUUUCUGGCCUGUGACUAGAAUGUUUAAAAAAAAGUUGGACUAAAUGUUAAUUACUGAAACAUUAACUUAAUUUCUAAAACCAUGGUGCUAUCAUUUAUUAAUCUGUAAUGUCUUCAUGCAAAAUGCAGCUCCUGGGCUGGGUUUUGGAAAAAAAAAAUGUGUUCUGUCCUGGUCUGGAGUCCAUUGCUGCAGUCUCCUUGGUUAGUUAAGACAAAGCCCUCAUUAACAUUUGCUGCAGGACUUAAAAUUUUUUACCUCCCAACUAACAAACACAGCCUCACAUUAAAUUUAAUGGGUCAGUAAAGCCCUUUUUAAAGGGGCUUUUGGAAAACUCAAUCAAACUGAUUUGAGGAGCAGUUUAGGUACAUGCUGCCUUUUGUUGAGCUCUUUUUUCCUUACUCAGUCUAACUGAGGCUAAUUUUGCAACUUCAAUAACACUUCGGAGUAAAAGAAGGAAAAAUAUUUAACAUGUUUUUGGGUUUUUUCAUUUCUUGCUUAAAAAAAAGGAAGGUUGUAUUUUGGGGGGACUGGUUUGAUUUGGUGGAAUUUAUUUCCCUUUGGUUCUUAUUUCUGGGUUGAAAACCAAUAAGUUUGAAAACUAAAGAAUGGGUUAAUAAGCUUCAGACAGAUAACUGCAACUGAAAACUGCACAUUAAGUAAAAAAAAAAAUUAAAAAAAAAGAAAAAGAAAAAGAAAAAAAUAUCCUAUUUUGUCUUUGUUGCCAGAAAUCAGUGUGGUGUCAAACACUCCAAAUGACUGUCAAGUAUAAAUUCUUCUUCCACUUCAUUUUUGGCAGCUGUUUGUUAAGGCAUCUAAUAACAGAUGUGAGAACUGUAAUGUGUACAAUGUGUACGUGUCCUUGGCUGUCAGUCCCAUUGCAGUUUCAAUGUGUGUUUCUAUAUGCAGUAUAUACUAAGCUAAUGUAGUUGUUUUGUCUUUUGUCUUCUCUGUGCUCUAUCUCUAGUCCGGAGUGGUACAGUCCCAUUCCUGCAGUCUUAGUGAAUCAGUGAUUCUUGGGGGUUAGUGGUUUUUGUGUGGUGGCCUUCCUCUGUAAUGUCACCCUAUGCUGCUUCUACUGUCUGUGAAUCUUCCGUUUUACCUUUUAAAAUUCCUGCUGUUGCUUUGCUGGUGUAUAUUCUCCCUACCUCUCCUUUCCUCCCUUUCCUUUCCCUUCUUCCCCCCUUCCCCUCCUCUUCAUUCCUUCCCCCAUCUCCAAAAAUCUCUUUCAUUCUCAGAGAUAAAAAGACUCUUAACUAGCUCAAGGUUAAUGGAGCCAUUUUUUCCACAACGGAAUUCUGGGUAUGACUCUCUCUUCUGGAGUGCAACACAAAGCACUAAAGAAUAAUGCUCAGAUAUAGUAAAUAAAUUGAUGCCAUAUAGCCUCAGUUGUUAACAUUCCCAGAGUCCCUUGUGCUCUACCUAUAAGCAGUGGGUGCUUUUCUUUGGUUUCCUUUCAGGUUGGCUGAUGGAGCAAUAUAUAAAGCAAUUACCAGUGAGACAGAAAAUUAUUUCAAAAGUCAACCAACAUUUUUAAGAAACAAAAUGGGAGGGGGUAAUGGAAUAUAGAAUUGUCAUAUAUAUUUGUUUAUUCGUGCAAUGCUAAUAUAGUAACUCGGCUGUCCUUCGAAUAUCACUGUGUUGAGUGGAUUCCUCUAGUACCUUUGAUUCCAUGAGUUGGGCCCAAACCACGGUGGAAAAACAAAAAGAAGGUAAAUGCCGCAAAUUUUAAUAGUGAGCUUACUUGAAGGAUUUAAGUAGGUUUAGAAGGUGAAGAAGGCUGAUCAAGAAAUUUUAAAGAUUAAUUUUGGAAGCUCUACUCUAGCUAUCGAACAAUCAAAGGAAUGCACCUAUCAGCUACAAAGAACAGCUAGACAGCUGUUUUUUUCUUUUAUAAAUGUUUCUGUGUUGUGUCAAAAUGAUUUCUGGUGAUUUAAACUAACAGAUAAUCACAGCUGCUGUCUAAAUCCAUAGUGUUUAAAAUUACAAAAUGAAAAAAAAAAAACACUUCAUUACCUGUGAAGACUGUGUCUGUGUUUUUAACUAUUUCUUGUACAAAUAUAUGAAAACUUUUAUGAGGAGACUGGUGCCAAGUAGCUGAAUAAUGGGGAAAGGGAUAUUCUGUUCGUAAAAAUCUUAGCAGUGUUACCAACUCUACGAUAUAUAUAUAAAAAAAUAAUUAAAACGUUACAAAGCGACAGCUAUGGUACAUUUGUUUUGUGUGAAGCUAACCGGACCUAACUUCCUGAGUGCCUGGCUUAUUUUGAAACAUUUUUUUUCAUUGACCAUUGAUAAUGCUGCAAAUCAGAAAUGUACAUACUUCAUUUACAACAGGGUUCUUUUUAUACUUUUGUAGAUUCUCAUACAUGUCACAUACAUGGUUGUCUUUAUGUAACUUAAUUUUUUCAUCCGCAGGUGCCAUUUUCAUAAUAAACUUCUCUUGGAUUUGUUA